UGAGGAAGUGUAAAAAAUGCCGAGUACGAUAACCCUACCUCCCAAGGAAAAUGCGUUGUUUAAACGUAUUCUCAAAUGCUACGAGCAGAAGCAGUAUAAGAACGGACUCAAGUUCGCCAAGCAGAUCCUCUCCAACCCGAAGUAUGCAGAGCAUGGAGAAACCCAGGCUAUGAAAGGAUUGAUCCUGAAUUGUCUAGGACGGAAAGAGGAAGCGUACGAGAAUGUGAGGAAGGGGUUGACCAAUGAUCUCCGAUCCCACGUGUGUUGGCAUGUCUUCGGUCUCCUCCAGAGGUCGGAUAAGAAGUACAGUGAAGCGAUCAAGUGUUACCGGAACGCUUUAAAGUGGGACAAGGAUAAUAUGCAGAUUCUCAGAGACUUGUCGUUACUACAGAUACAGAUGCGAGAUCUAGAGGGAUAUAAGGAGACGAGACAUCAACUUUUCCAGCUCCGACCCACUCAGCGUGCUUCAUGGAUCGGGUUUGCUAUGAGCUAUCAUCUCCUUGAAGAUUACGACAUGGCGCUCAAAAUCUUGGAGGAGUUUCGUAAGACUCAGAAGAAGCCUGGAUAUGAUUACGAGUACAGUGAGCUUCUUCUCUAUCAGAACAUGGUUGUGAGGGAAAGUGGAAAUAUAUCCGGGGCACUCGCACAUCUUGACGAAUACGAACCCGCGAUCUGUGAUAAGAUUUGUUUCAGGGAAAUCCGUGGCAAGUAUUUGCUCGAGCUCGGCAGGUUUGACGAAGCUGAUGCAGUUUAUGUUGAAUUGUUGAAGAGAAAUCCUGAAAACCAUGAAUACUACAAGCAGCUGGAGCUGGCCAGGAAGGCGGAGACGGAGGAGGACAAGCUGAAGAUCUACGACGAGUAUGUUGAAAAGUUUCCUAGAGCUCAAGUUCCAAAACGUCUUCCUCUAAAUUUCUUGACAGGAGCAGAGUUUGAGAAUAGACUCAGGAAAUACUUCAUUGCAGCCAUUAGGAAGGGAGUUCCCCCACUCUUUGUUGAUUUAGAAGCUCUAUACUCGGAUCCCGUGAAAGGCAAGGUUCUGGAGAACAUGGUUUCAAGUUUCAUGGAAAACCUGCUAAAGUUUGGUAGUUUUGACGCCGACAGCAAGGUUCAGGAGCCCCCAACCUGUCUCCUCUGGACCUACUACUACAUGUCACAGCAGUAUGAUCUAAAAGAAGAUUAUAAAAGUGCCCUAGAUCUUGUUAACCAAGCCAUAGAGCAUACUCCAACCCUCAUAGAACUAUUCACACUGAAGGGUAAGAUCUACAAGCAUGCUGGGAACCCUGAUGAAGCUGUCAGAUGCCUGGACGAGGCGCAGUCCAUGGAUACCGCGGACAGGUAUAUCAACUGUAAAUGCGCCAAGUAUAUGUUGCGCGCCAACAAGACUAAGGAAGCAGAGGAUAUGUGCAGCAAGUUUACACGUGAAGGUAUCCCCGCUAUGGAGAAUUUGAAUGAGAUGCAGUGUAUGUGGUUCCAAAGUGAGUGUGCAACUGCGUUUCAGCGGUUAGGCCAGUACGGAGAAGCUUUGAAGAAAUGUUACGAAAUAGACCGACAUUUUACGGAAAUUAUUGAAGAUCAGUUUGAUUUCCACACCUACUGCAUGAGGAAAAUGACUCUGAAGUCAUAUGUCAGUUUAUUAAGACUUGAAGAUGAGAUCAGAUCUCACAAGUUCUAUGAGAAGUGCGCCAAGGUAGCAAUAGAAACCUUCCUUCAGUUGUUCGACAAACCUCCAGUGGAUUCAGGGAAUGAGAAUGAGAUUAACUCUGAUGAAUUAGAUCCUAGUGAGAUGAAGAAGAGGAUGAAUAAGGCAAAGAAAGCCAAGCGGAAAGCUGAAUUGGAGAAAGCUGCUCUGGAGCAGGAACAGAAGAAGAAGGAGCUGUUUAACAAGAACAAGAAGAAGGGAGGAGAUGAUGAUUUGGAGAACUCGGCUAAGGAUGAACUCAUCCCGGAGAAACUGGCUACGCCUGAGAACCCAUUGGAUGAAGCGGCCAAGUUUCUGGAACCACUUCUUCAGCUUGCUAAGAACAAAGUUAAUACUCAUUUACUCGCCUUCGAAAUUUACUACCGAAAGGGUAAGGUUCUCAUGAUGCUCCAGGCAAUAAAGAAAGCUCUGGAUUUGGAACCUGAAAACCUGGACCUACACUUCUGUAUUACCAGGUUUCUCGACUUUAUCUCCAAGUCGGAGAAGACUAUGAAGGAGCCCGUGAAGAAAGUGCUAAAUCAGUCAAUGCCAGCUCAGCUUCAAGGAAAGACUGCUGGUGAUAUCAACGCUAAGUUUAUCAAGGAGAAUGCUGGUAACCUCUACGCCAUGUUCCUUGGAGGAACACUGAUGGUGAAAGUGAACCCCAGCGAGACCAAGAAAGCUUUGAGUUUGGUGACAAACCUAGAUCCAUCUCUCACGAGCCGUAACAUCAAAACCUGCACAUUUAUCCUUGAAGCCAUGAAAUCUGGAGAGUUUGGUUCCGAAGGGAAGGACGCAGUCUCCGGGUAUAAGGAAUCCUGUAGUAAACUGUUCCCUCUCACGCUCUGCUUUAUGGAUAAGAUCCCCGUCUACAUGGAUAAGGUGGUGGAGGAUCUUGAAGGAGCGCACAUACAGGAUUAAUCCUCCUAGCCUCCUGGAUAUUUAGUCAACUUUAUUCAAUCCUUCUAAGUUUGAAAAUUAUGUAAACUGGAAUUAAAAAUACGUUUCCUGAAAAAAGUCAAGUAAAUUCAAAUCUUGAUUAAAACUACCACUUCCCAGUUCAAUUUUUUCACCAUGACAACUUUUUCAUCAGAUGGGGAGGAUAAAAAUUGUAGCUCACGAUCAGUUUAAAUCAUGUUUUGUAAUAGUUUCGUUUUAAAACUGGUAUCAUUGUUAUAAUUAAUUCUGUUGUAAACCAAAUCAAAACUGAUAUUAAAUUUAAUUAAAUAUUAA